AUGAGCAUCGUACUGGCGAACAGUGCACACAGCAAACGUAGGCCGUCCUGUAGUAAUGAGCAAGAUCCGUCAUCCAAAGACAGCUGCCAUCUUAACCUGAAGUCCACGAAAUUAGCCGCAACGGCAGCAGACGAAGCUAGCGCAGCCAAAAAUGCCCAGAAGUGUGCCGGUGAAAGGGCUGGUCAGCGGGCCAUGGAACGACUGGCCGACAAGGCCGAGCAGGCUGCUCGAGCGGCUGAAGCGGCUCUGAAUGGCAAGAAACUGCUCCUCGAACAACUAGAGCAGAGUCAGUGCGAGGCCGAUGCUGUCAUAGAAGAGGUAGAGAUGGCACUAGCCCGUAGCAAAUGCAAUAUAGAUACAAUUAUUCGCAUCUCUGUAAACAUAAAAAAUCAUGAAGAGAUCAUGCGGAGCUUUCUAGAAGAUUCGAUGAUGAAUUUAGAGAGAUAUAAAGAAAUAGCGGCCUGUGCCAAUAAUGAGAUACGGGAAAAGUAUAUGAUACUCAUGCACGUUAGCAAGCGAGUGGAGGAACUAAAAAAAUGCAUGGAAAAGGCAAAAAAAGAUCUUUGCCGGAUCGAAAAAAUUGCCGAAAAGGCUGAGACUGCAGCAAUGGAGGCUACUCAGCGUGUAGAAAUAGCACGAGAGUUGGCCCAAAAGACAAAGAAACUUAAGAAGAGAGACUUGAAAUUAUUUAAACGGAUAUUGAAGAAAUUUGUCAAAACAUAA